CUUGCAUCCCAACUUUUUACUCUCCACGUCAAAAGCUGAAAAUAGACCACGGGCGGUUACGAAAUGCAGGACACCGUGGACACUUUGUUUCCUGCUGGAAUGCCUAGUGGCUGCCAUCGCUCGGUCGAUCUGGCGAAUAUCUGCCCUCGCUCGUCUAGUUUUCCAUCUUUACCCCAGCUAUCGAGGUGCUUGCGUCUAACCACGGCCCAGUCCGCAACCGCCGCUCACGGUCCAGAGCUCAGCUACCUACAUACCUAGGAUACGCAGCAAGCCCUUGUGCUUUCCCAACGGUAGGGCCGGUCGCCUAGAGUGGGACUUAUCGAUUGUUGACAAUCUGGCCAUCACAAGCGUAUGCCUGGCGGAGCGUUCAUUGUCGUUCGUGGCUUCUGGCCGGAUGACGUGUAAUAAGCGCCCCUGACCAGAUCAGCUGCACUCGACAUCCUCUACAGCUAUCAUUAAAAACCAAAGGAUGCUUCCUGUACUCCAGCUUGGGUCUUUUGUUUAAGCCAGCUGAAUUCUCCGGAUAUUUCGGGGACUCCCUGGGUCAAAAGCAAACACACUACUCUGUACUUCAGCCUACAUGGGUGGCCCAAGGAUCGUAUAAAGUCCUUGACCGGUGUGCUUACCUCUAGCCGGUUCGAGUUGUUGCCUCGUGGGCGAGGUCCGUCAGCCUCUGCGGACUUAUCUUAUCGUUUGGGGGAAAGGAAAUCGUUUGGACGGAAAGAGGGCGUUUGUCCCCGGCGUGGAAGGAAUUACUUUUUCAGCACCGUUCAUCUCACGAUUUCACAAUCACGACCAUGCUGACGAUAUCAAUGCCCGCAUCUGCACCUCAUCUCUUCUCUCCGAUCGACUUGGCACCUUCAUCUGUACUCCGGCCCAAUGAUGCGCUUACACCUGUGCCCAUGUCGUCGGAAAAUCAAGCACGCAGGCCGAAACUAUCGCUACAGACUUCGAAUUUGACGCCUACCUUUCAUGCCUCCAGUGGCCCAGUUGAUAUGGCCAACAAGCUGAGCACUACGACUCCGACCACGUUCAAUACAUUCAACAAUGCGUUUGAUCUUACAUUCAGACCAUCACCAAUUAUCUCAGGGUCGUCACCGGUCACAGCCAAACGAUCACAGCAGAAAUCGAUACAGCGAUCGUCGUCGCCUGCCGCGACAUCUGAAACGCCGUAUAACCUGAGCCUACCAUUGGGUGUCCGCUCUAUUCUUAAGAAUUCUCCGCUUCUGCCAUAUGGUCGUCGGUACUCAACCUGUUCUACAAGCGCUAGUCCUGCGCUGCCUGUUCCAGGCAGACGUGUUUUCUUUCCCGCCCCUAAGAAGGUCGCAUUCCGAUCGAACUUGGAAGAAGAGAUCGUGACGAAGGAAUAUAUUCUGCGUCAUGUUGACCUGAGCUCUUCCUCGGAGGAGACAAACUCAUCCGAGACAGAAGAUUCGAGCAGCGGCUCCAUGGAUGAGGCAGACGAGGUCAAAGAGGCACUAUCGAUCAAAGUAGAUGAGUACGCCGGGCGCGGGAGAAGAAAGCGCAAGGGUCGGCCAAUUUCUGAAACCUCAAUGGAAGCGACGGAUCGUGGCAGAGAUGGAAGAUCGAGGAGCACUUCAGCCCGAAGGAGCAAGAGAAAGAAGAGGCGAUGGGAAUGGACUUUACCCCCUGUACAAGUGGGAUCUUUGAACCCGAAUGGCAACAAGGAAGAAGGUACAUCUACAGUACAUGACUCCGUUGAGCUUGGGACAGGAGACGUCCAAGACAUACUUCCUAAGUCUAGAAGCGUUGGGGGCGAUAAUGAAGCUACCACGUUGUAGAUACAGCUUUCACAGAAUAUAAUAUAGGCACAAUUUGCCAU